GAUGGGAGACGACAGCCUGCAGACGACAGCCUUCAGCUCAGCUGCUCAGUAUCGCCAUGGCAGCCUUGAGGAGAGGUCUACCGCACUUCGCAGUCGGGUGUGUCGUCAAAGGCUUCGGGAGAGGCUCUAAGGAACUUGGAAUUCCUACAGCCAAUUUUCCCGAGCAUGUGGUAGAGAAGCUGCCCGAGGAGAUCACCACCGGCAUCUACUUCGGGUGGGCGAAAGUGGACAACGGACCGACCCUGAAGAUGGUCAUGAGCAUCGGAUGGAACCCGUACUAUAACAACAAGAAGAAAUCAAUGGAGAUUUACAUCUUCCAGGAAACACACAUCAUGCACGUCUUCGAGAACGACUUCUAUGGAUCUGAGCUGAAAGUGGUCAUGUUGGGAUAUAUUCGCCCAGAAGAAAAUUAUAAUUCUCUUGAUGAACUAAUAAAGGCCAUCAAGAAUGACAUAGCUGAAGCAGACAGACAGCUCUCUCUUCCAGAACAUUUAGCGUACAAGGACCAUGCCUUCUUCACAGGGAAGCCAGUCCCACAAACUAAUGGGUCUAUAAGUAAUGGAAUUAUUGCCAAUGGAAAAGCGAAUGGGCAUGGAGAAAAUCAGGUCAACGGCAACUGCAAUCACACAGGCUGAAAAUCUCAUAAUGCGUCUCCAAUGCGGAAAGGCCUCUUUCAAGAGUGAUCUAUUUCCUGGGCCAAAAUGCCAACUUCCCGAGCCAUGCCAAAUUUAGGCCUUGAAUUGCAGCUAGGGUUUGGUUUAUUGUAUGCUUUGUUUUGAAUUUACUGGAGUAAAUCUUGACUGUAUAAAGUUCAGUAUUUCAAGUUGCAUAUUUAAGACUUUAAAAGAUUUAUGCUUUUGAGUGUUUUUACGUUGUGGAAAAGUUUGGUUUUUAAGCUCUAAACCACUUGAUCUGAUUCACGUAUUAUGAAGGAAUGAGAAAGGAAUGUUGAUAAAAGAAGAUAUUUAAUUACCUUUGUAUUCUGUCUUGGUUCUUUCAUUUUCUUUGCAUUGUGCAAGUUUUCAUUUAUAAUUUAUUUUGUUUGUUAAUUUUGAUUGGUUUGAGUUUGAGAGUAUUUUUGAAUAAUAGUUUGCAUAUAUUAUAUUAUCAUGACAUUAACAGUAUUAUUUUUUUUACUGAAAGGGAAUAGAGUAACUUGAUUGUUUGAUUACUUUAUUUUCUUAUUAUUAUUUAUUAUUUCUUUUGAGCUUUGUGAAAGACAACCAUUCUGAAGUCUUGCACUUUUUCUGUGAUUAGUUUGGCCCAGAAUCAGAGCACAGUAGUAAUAGCAUGAACAAGUGUAUGUUUUGAUAUGAUAAAGUAUUUGAAGUAAAGUUCAACAUAUAAGAAAAGUGAUAAUAAUAAUUAUAAUGCAUAUGUGAUAACCUGGAAAGAUAUUAUGCACUACUCUUGGGCAGGCUGUUAUGUCGGGAUCAUUAAAGUUUUCCAUUAAACUCACUUGUACUUAACAGUCAGCUUUUGGAGUCUAUUAAGAAUAUUUGAAUAUAUUUUCUCCCCAAUUCAUUGUGUGGUGAUAUUCAGAAAAACCAUGUGGCUCCUUUGGUUGAUGGGUCAGUGGUAUUAUUGCUUUAUACCCGAAGUUGCGUGCAGCCGGCAGCAUGUACUGUUGGCCCUGAAGGUUAUCUGACUGUGUAAUAUACUUGACAUUUGAUUCAUCAUUCCAGGAGAUGUUUUAUGAUGUCCUAUGACUUUUGAUUGUUUUUUAUUUGUAUUUCCCUUGAUAUUGAACUUAUUUAUGAAAUUAUUUGUUACCAGUCCUGUGGAUUUAAAGAGUAACCCUAAAUUACUGGAUUGCAGUGAGGUUGUGCUGACAGUGGUAGUGGUUGAUUAUCCUCUUUUGAGGGAGGCAUGCAGGCCAUCCUCUAUUUCCUUGGUUCUUUGCACAUGAUGAUGUUAUCAUACAUAGUCUAUAUGUAGUCUCUGUAACCGUUUUAGCCUGGUUUGUAGCCAAUCAGCUAUGAGAAGAUGUGUCAUUCAGCCAAGUGGAAACCUUAGCAGGUAUAGGGGAGGCAUCUUUCAUUCCAAGGAUUGGUGUGAAGUGAAUCCCAUGAGGGAAGGACAUGCCUAGUGUGCAUGAAAUGACAUAUUGUUGAUGGUAUGAUAUACCAGCAUUAUUAUGUUCAAGACAGUGUAUGUGAGAUGGUGGAGUAUUUAGGUUUGUGUAUAGUCUAGUUUAGCAAGGUAUGUCCACAGUAUGUGAAAGAACAUUUAGGAAAGGAAAGCAAUUGCUUUUGCUAUUAAGAUGUUAUUAUGUGUUUUUCAUUUGUUAAUUUUAUUUAAUGUUCUUUUACCAUUUAUGAAAAAGACAUCAAUUGGUUUAACAAAACAUGAAAAUUUAAUAUGUAUGUACAUAUAUAUUAACAAACUUGAUGUGCAAUUUGGAAUUAGGUGCAAUCAACAUUUACUUAGUCACCGUUCACAUUUAUAUAUCAUAUCAUAGCUGUUGGCAUCCAUUAUUAGAAGCCUUGUCAUUGUUAUUCAAUAUGGGUGAUGUUCUCAACCAUAUUAAGGGCUGUGUAACCACCCUGUAUACUGAAAAGUGUAGUUGUUUUAUAGUAAAGGAUUAAAUAUUUUAUUACACA